UUACGAUGUGUUCUUGACCUGAUAUUGCGGGGAAAAGCGUAGUCAUCAGUUUGCCGAUAGAAGUAGAAAAUGGAAUCUUGAUCGUAUUAUCUUUGUUGCUCAUCCAUUACUCCUUCUGCAGUAGAAUAAUAUAUAAAGAGAGAAGAGUGCAAUCUAGAACCACAUAGUUAUUUUACUGUGUGAGUGAGAGAGAGAAAAUUAACAUGGGAAGAGGAAGGGUUGUUCUGGAGAGAAUAGAGAACAAGAUCAACCGUCAAGUAACAUUCUCAAAACGCAGAAGUGGGUUGCUGAAGAAGGCCUUUGAGCUUUCUGUGCUAUGUGACGCUGAAGUUGCCCUUAUCAUCUUUUCUAGCCGUGGCAAGCUUUUUCAGUACAGCAGCACUGAUAUUAACAAAAUCAUUGAGAGGUAUCGCCAAUGUCGUUACAGCAAGUCGCAGACUGACGAUUCAUUGGAACACGAUUCACAGAGUUCAUACCAUGAAUUCUUGAAAUUAAGAGCGAAAUAUGAAUCACUUGAGCUGACACAAAGGCAUUUUCAAGGAGAAGAACUUGAGCCACUUAGCUUUAAAGAUUUGCAGAGCCUUGAGAAACAACUAGACAUAACGCUCGCACUAACUCGACAGCAUCAAACGAAGAAACUCUUGGCACGAGCAGAUGAAUUACGCGAAAAGGUUCACAAGUUGGAGGAUCUUAACAAACAAUUAGAGUCCAAGGAAAAAGAUGAAUUCUCAAGCUUCAUCCUUGACAAUAACAAUUACAUUCAAGUGCAUGCUACACAAGGUGAUCAAUUUGAGUCUGGGACAACACUAAACACAUGUAGGUUUCAACGCCAAGAUUCAAAGGAAAAAGCAAUUGAUACCAAGACAGACGGUAGUCAAAGCAGUCACAACAAAAACAAAGGAUGGCUAUUGUGAAUAUUCAUUUAAUUUACAUGUUGAAAAAAAAUAUCUAUCAAUAACUCAGGGGUGCCCAUGUAUUGGUAUAAUUCACAAAAUAGUUUAUAUAAAGUAUUAUUUCUACUAAACACACACAUUGUUCCUAAAAUAAGAUAUUGUACUUUAUGCAACAGUAAAGAGGAAAAAUUAUGUAUUUCAACUAUCAUUGUAUAAAUUGUCAUUAGAAGAUGUUCUUAAAUAUUGAUAUUUUA